AUGGCAUCAAAAGAUCGUGACGAACCGGUUAUGUUAGCUCAUGAAAGUUUUUUGAAACAGGAUUAUCCGUCUGCAUUACAGCACUUAAGUGAAUUAGAAGUUCUGGUUGGCAGCAAUAACAGCAAUCUUGUCAAAAGGGUGCAGCAUAACAAAGCAGUUGUGGAAUUUUAUUCUACUGAUUUAAAGGAUAUAGACAAAUUUAAAAAGGCUAUUACACAGUUUACAGGCUUAACAUUUCCAGAUGUGGAAAUAAAGGACUUCAAUAUACCUUUUGUAUUAUACAAUUAUGCUGUGCUUCUUUAUCAUUCGCGAUAUUAUUACCAGUGCACAGUUAUUUUAGAGAAGUUGUUAUCCUCAAAAAGUAUCAAAGAUGUUAAAUUACAUCAACAUAUUGUACUUUUACUAAUGGAAGCUACUCUUUGUCGGCGUACUUAUGACAAAACAUUAGAUGUUGCAAAGGAUCAUGGAGAAUCUUUAUUAUCAAAUAACGAAGUGUGUGAACUCUAUGAGAGGCUUACUAGCAGAGCACAAUUAUUUUUAGGGCAAAAAAUAAAAUUAAAACCUGACACAAUUGAAAAUAUUUUUAUUAUCGCACAGCAGCAAUAUAUUAAUGGUGAUGUAAAAGAAGCUGCAAACACACUAGGUCAAUAUAAGACUUUGAAAUUUAAUUAUGAUUUAAAAAGUCAAGGUGAAGACAUUUGGGCAGCAAUUAACAAUAACCUUGGUGUUAUAUAUUUAUCAAUCAAGAAACCAUUUUUAGCAUCAAAGUAUUUUCAACAUGCUGUAAAAGAACACUUCAGAGCCAUGGAAAAUGAAGAUAGUGAAAGAUUAAUAGUUUGCAAAGAUAGACCAUUGUAUGUGUACAAUUUAGGACUAGCCCUUCUUGCAACCAAUAAUUCCGAAGGUGCUUUUGAAUGCCUUGUAGAAGCUGCUCGACAUUAUCCAAAUAAUCCUCGUAUUUGGUUACGCUUAGCCGAGUGCUGUGUAAAGAAAUGUUGCAAUGAAGAGGUGCAACAAUUCACUGUUAAAAAAUUAGGGAGUGGACCUCAUACAAGAAUUUUGUUAGCAAAGGAAAAGCAUGAAAAAUAUUCAACGUCUGGUGAAUCCUUUGCUAUUCCAUCUCUGUCAUUAGAAUUUGCAGCACUCUGUCUGAGAAAUGCCAUUACAUUACUUCCUAACCAAGAUGUACCCUCUGAUAUAACAGCCCCACUUAUACAAGCGCCGCCAGGGCCCCCAAUUAAUUGGAAGCAGCGGUGCGAAUUAAAAAACGCAACACUAGUUCUUCAGAGUUAUGUACUAUUAAAUUUGCAAGACCCUCUAUCAGCAUUACUAAGUGCUAAUGAAUUGUUAAGUCAAGCAGAUGUUUCUAGUAGUCACAAAGCUUGGGCUCACAUUUAUGCAGCUGAAGCACUUAUAAACCUAGACAGAAUAACAGAUGCAGUAGAACAUUUGCAUCCUCCCAUGAUACAUGACCUUGUGUCUGUACUUCCAUAUCAAAUGCGUGAUUUGAUAGCUGUUUCAGUUUGGGCUAAAGCAGCAGUAUGUCACAUUCUCAGAGGGGAUUUGGUUACAGCAAGAAAGAUAUUAUUACAAAUUAAUUCACCACGAGUUUUGCCUCUGCAAAUGUACCUCGAGAUUUGUACAGGCAAUAUUGAAAAUUGCCAUACUAUCUUAAGAAAGCUUAGAUUUACUAAUUUAUCUUAA